AUAGAUAGAUAGAUAUACUUUUGAAUUUCAAUCUGCAUUUACAUUGACAAGCUAUAAAAUUCCCUGGAUCGGAUAUGAUUCACAUAGAAGACGUGAAGGAUUAUAUAUAUAUAUAUAUUUUUUUUGUUUGAGUCGCUUGUCAUUAUAAGAAAGGUAAAAACAUGAAGUAAUAAAUUUUCAUAUGCAAAAAAGUAGCACCUUUAUGAAUUUUGAGAGAAACCUUAAUCAUGCAAUUAUACGAACAUCAUAAUACUUUUAGCAACAACCAAUCAUAGAAUGGAGCAUGCUGAAAUAUGAACAACUCUUACUAUUUUAUUAAUAUUGAAUUCACAUUUUGAUAGUAGACCAUAGAAAAAUGAACUUCUUGUUUCAAUUUUAUGAUAAUUUUCUUGAUUAUUUUGAUCUCUAACUAAUAGAUCAAUAUCUUAAUAUGAAAGAAAAAAAAUAGGCAAACUCAAUCGUAAUAUAUAAAAACAGUUACUAUUUAGAAACCAAAAAUAAACAGAUCUUUGCCACAAAUAACAUUUUUGAUGUUUAGUUUUCAUAUAAAAAUUUCUCUUCUACGACAUGAAUUUCAUGCAUAGAAACGAUGCUGAAUCGGUAAAUCAAUCUUGACUUUUUUUGUUUUUUUAUUCAAAAAGUUCAAACGACAUCUUACUGAAUUUUUAAUGAGAUUUCUAAUGUUUUUAUAAUAAUAUACAAAAAAAUAAUAUUUAUUUAAAUUAAAAGAAUUUUUAGGAUCUUCUAUGGAAAUAUUAUAGUCGAAGAAUCAAAGUAUAUUUUGCAUGUGCAUGAAUAUUCUUAUUCUUUCUUUUUUUUUUGUCUCUAGAAAUGUUCAGAUAUAAUAAUAAUAAUAAUAAUUUAUUAUUGCAUGUUGAUUUGUUUUUUUUAACAUCUUAUUUAUUACAUGUUAAUAUUAUUUUCAUAGGAUGAAUACAUUGAAACAGCCUAUUCAUAUGAAAAAGCUCGUUGGUUACAUCUAUUUCAAGUGAAUAAAUCUUUAAAAUUAGUACGUGAAAUGCAACAACGUGUAGAAGAUACAAAAGGUAUUGUUCUAUCAUCAUUAUCACAAGAAUGUCAAGAAUUAGCUGUUCGUUGUGAUUGUACAUCACUUUCAUAUAUAUUUGCAUUACCUGAAUGUUAUACUGAAGCUCGUCGAGCUAUAAUUGCUCUGAAAACUUGGUUAAUUGAAGAUACAAAAUAUACAUCAUUUAUUCAAACGUCCUUGAAAGUACUUGAUGAAAAAUAUAUUGAAGCAAAAAAAAUAUUUGAAUUGGGUAAAGCACAUCUUAGUCAAGCUGAGCAUCGAGCUGAUUCAUUUCGAAUACAAUUAAAUAAAGCUGAACAAGAAAAUGAAAUAAAUGAAAAAAAACUUGAAGAACUUGAAGAACGUCUAAAUACAAAAGAACGUGAUUAUUUAUCUAAACGCUUAACAUUCGAAGUAUAUGAAGAUCAACUUAAAAAAAUGCUUAAAGCUGCUGAAGAUAAAAAUGAUGAUAUUGAUAAUCAUUUAUCAAUUGAAAGAUUUCAACAAGAAGUAAAACAAUUUUUAAAAGAAUUACCAAAAUUAAAAUCACAAAUGGAUGCUCUACAAGGACGUAUUGAAUUUUUAAAACAACGUAAACAAGAAUUAUUAACAAUGCGUACUGAAUAUAGAAAACUUAAUCAUGAUGUACAAUUAGCAUUAGAAGAUAAAAUUCUUAAAGAAAAUGAAUUUGAUCGUGUGACAAAUUGUCGUCAAGUUAUACGAAAUAUAUAUAAAUGUCGUGCAACUGAUGAUUUACCACAAAAAAUUUUUUAUGCUUUACCUGUUAAAUCAAAAAAUUCCGGUGAAGAUUAUAAUGAUGAUCUUUCAAAAGCAAUGCGUCUUACAUCAAAAUAUAUAGGACGUGAUUGGAGUCGACUUUAUUGGCAAUUACCAUUUUAUCCGUUACGUGGUAAAGAAGAAGUAUCAAAAGAUAUUAAUUAUAUUGAUGAUAAAUAUCAUCGUGGUGAUGUCUAUCGAGAUCAAGCAACAGAUGUAUUAAAUAAAUGGCGACGUUUUCAUACACGUGCAAAACUUGAAGAUUUAAUUCAAGCACUUCGAUAUAUACAUCGUUUUGAUAUUAUACAAAUAAUUGAUCGAUGUAUACUUAAACCAAAACGUUUAUUACAUAAAGAACAAGAAGAAAUUGAUCCACGAAAAAAAGAAAUUGAAGAUUUAAAUCGAAAAUUAAAUCGUUUAUUUGAAAAAAUUCAUACAGGAGCUAUAAAAACACAUGACACUUCAUGA